AUGAGCAUGCAGCCGCCAAGCCACCUCAUCCUCGUCUGCGGCCAUGCAAUCUGGGCAGGAGGGCCCUCGAAUGGUCAGGACGAGUCAGAAUGGAUCAUUCAAGGCUGGAAGAAGGGUGAAACACCGACGUACACAGCACAUAUCAAGGCAGGCCUAAAGAUCCUGGGCGAAGAUGACCGGGCCAUGCUGAUAUUCUCAGGCGGUCCGACUGUUGCAUCGACCCCCAUCUCGGAGGCCCGCAGCUAUGCCAAUCUCGCCGCCGCAAACACAUACUGGGGCCUCCUGAACUCACCACCUGGGCCAUCACCCAUUCUCACUCGCUCACACCCGUUGUCUCCCAUCCCUCUUCAUCCCCGCGUUGAAUGCGAGGAGCGCGCCAUGGACAGCUACCAAAACAUUCUCUUCAGCAUAAUUCAAUUUUGGCGCAGCACCUCCCGAUGGCCCAGCUCUCUCACCAUCGUCUCUCACGCCUUCAAGCGGCGCCGCCUCGUAGAAGCACACUGCAAUGCCUUGGCCUUUCCUCUCGAUAAGGUUCACUUUGUUGGUAUCAACCCUCCAGGCAUCCCGGAGGUAGUCGGCCAAGAGGAGGGUGCGGUUAAUGAGUGGGUCAAAGAUCCUCAGGGUCAGUCGGACGGUCUCAAGACGAAGAGAACACGUAGGAACCUAUGGGGUGUAUCUCAGAGAUUAUUCGGAAGUGAGGAUGAGAGACAACGGAGUGGCAUCGAUACAAGACUGCUUGAGGACGGCGAGGAAAUCCUUGUCCAAGACUAG